CAGACGAACGUCAAACUCAAACUAGUUACUAAAGUAGUUAGUUCAAAAGAUUUCAGAACUGGCACCUUUCACGAGGACAUAAGCCAAGCGUUGUAUCCUAAGUAACGUCGUGUCAACCUUUCCACUCCCUGCAAUUAAAAUAUAUAUGGGCCGGUAUUACAGUACAUGUAAUUCUGGUUGAAGCUGAACUGAACCAAGACUUGUGAAAUUGAACUGCAGCAGUCGUUGUUCUGCCACGCGUGCACCGUCGAGCAAGUAGCUAGUUCAAGCAGCCUUUCUGACACGACAAUAGGUUCUGCUGAAUACAGUACUGAGAUUCAGGGGAGUACAGGUUUGUACUCUUUGUAGUUUUGAAGUCAGGUUUGUACUCUUUGUAGUUUUGAAGUCACGCGGCGUCCGUGCACGAGCACCGCCGUUCGGUCUUGAGUGGGGAAACAUCUGUUCAAGUGAAGUUGACCUGUUACUAGGUGUGCAGUGCACGGUACUAUAGCCACUGCAACACUGAUGCCGCCUGUGAAUCGCAGAACUGCGAAGAUCACCGAGAAGGACUCGGCAAUGGGUGCCAAAGAGUACGUGAAAGAGCACAAGCUGCAAGAGUUGUUCGUGAACGCCACCGCCGCCCUGGUCAACGAACAGCCUGAAAACCCGAAAAAGUUCCUUGUACAGUUCUUGAAAGAUCUGAAGCAGGCGCGGGAUGCAGCAGAUGCCGAUGCUUGUCCGAAUGUUUUCACGGAAGAGAACAUCGUGUCAAUGUACGAGAUGUUUGAUGUGCCUGGGACUGGUCACCUUUCCUACACACAGUAUAGAGAAGCCAUGGGAAAUCUAGGAAUAACACAGUACAAUGAACAGCCAGUGGGAUAUCGCAAGAAUAUGAUCAACCGCGAUGUCUUCAUCAUGGAAGCGAGAGCUGGUCUCGUAUCCGCUUCAGCUACAUAUGCUGCAUAUCAUGCAUAAGACAUAGUGGUAGUGUGACCCACGCCAUUAUGAAGUAUGGUGUGUGACCUUGUGGAAUUCUGAAACAGCAGACCGGCAAAUACAGAAAAAAUUGUAGUCAUGGUAACAGGAGGCUGUAACGCAACUGCCCGUGGCCGGCUCCAACGACUGGCUGCAAGACUAAUCCAGUCAGCAGCUGUUGUUGUUUUGUCAUGAUGCUACUUGUACAUACAUGUACCUUGUGUUGAUUGAGUUUUGAAACCGCUUGCCUGAGCUGUCCAGUACCUUAGUCCUCUUUGUGCAUUGUUGCAAUAACACUCCGUGCAAGUCCACUGCAUCAUGGAUUGACAUGCACAGCUUGAGUAGUGAUAGUAUUUUGCUUUUUUUACUUGAUGGCAGUCCAGUACAACGCAGGCUUGAAUUUGAAAUUGUUUUACUGUGUACUUCGAAGUAGUCACGUUAGAACUUAGAAUAUAUCAUUUCCCUAUCACAUGCACUGCAAAGAAGUAGCAGUGAUUGUAGUAGUAGGUUGUAGUUCACGUAUUAGGUAUUUUAGCAGUAAGUUACUUGUAGUUUACCCAAACACACUACCGUGACUAUGUGAAGAUUAUCUUUCAUUGAAAACGGCUUUGCUACCGUGCAGCAGUAUGCAAGCCAGGGAGCUACAA